AUGAACGAUCAUACUACAAAGGUUGCGUUGGCUUGGUUACAGACUCCAUAUGUCGGACAAAUUUCUCGGGGAGCUCUUUCCGCUCAGCCAUGCGAAAGCUAUAGCUAUGCAAGUUAUGUGACACGACCGGGACGAGUCCAGCUCGGCGGACACAAGCAAAAAACAACACGAUUCAUUUAUUGA